GCAGCCGUGCUAGCUAUGGUGGCGAGGGGCUGCGGCGGGGUCUGGCGCCGGCUGCGGCAGCGCUGCGCGGUGCGGCCAGGGUCCGGUCCUUUCCCCCGCGGAGAGAGAGCUGUUGCCUGUAACGCGAGAGGCGGGAUGAUGUCGGCGGGGAAGAGCGGCCUUACUCCAUGGAUACCAGUUGUGGGUCUGGAAAUUCAUGCACAGAUCAGUUCCAACUCAAAACUCUUCUCUGGUUCCCAAGUUCAGUUUGCAGCACCUCCCAACUCUUUAGUAUCUUUCUUUGAUGCCUCUUUACCUGGAACUUUACCAGUUCUUAAUAGGAGAUGUGUAGAAGCAGCAGUGAUGACAGGCCUGGCUCUCAACUGCCACAUAAACAAGAAGUCCUUGUUUGACAGAAAACACUACUUUUAUGCAGAUCUGCCUGCUGGCUAUCAAAUCACUCAACAAAGAGUUCCUAUUGCAGUGAAUGGAAGUCUGUCAUACAGUCUCUGCAUAGACAACAAGAUGAGCCAGAUGGUGACCAAAACUGUGAGGAUUAAACAAAUUCAGUUGGAGCAAGACAGUGGAAAAAGUCUCCAUGAUGACGCAAGGAGCCAAACCCUUGUGGACUUGAAUAGGGCUGGAGUCGGUCUCAUGGAGCUUGUCAUGGAGCCUGAUAUGUGCUGUGGGGAAGAAGCAGCUGCAGCAGUCAGAGAGCUUCAGCUCAUUCUGCAAACGCUUGGGAGCAGCCAGGCAGUCAUGGCAGAGGGUCAGCUGAGAGUGGAUGCCAAUGUUUCUGUACAUCACCCUGGAGAGCCUUAUGGAGUGAGGACUGAAGUGAAGAAUAUCAAUAGCAUACGAUUUCUGGCAAAAGCAGUAGACUAUGAAAUACAGAGGCAAAUUGAAGAACUUGGAAAUGGAGGUACAAUUUCGAAUGAAACAAGAGCUUUUGAUUCCAAGCUUGGAUGCACAGUACCAAUGAGAGACAAAGAAGGAAAACAGGAUUAUCGGUUCAUGCCAGAGCCAAACCUUCCCCCAUUGAUUCUGUAUGAUGCAAAAUCUUUGCCAGCUAAUAUGAACCAUCAGCAAGUGAUAAAUAUUGACUGGAUUCGUGAGAGACUUCCUGACCUCCCCAGUGUGAAGAGAGAAAAACUUGUUGAACAGUAUGGAAUUCUUCCUGAACACAGCUUCACCUUAUUGAAUGAAGACGGACUACCAGAAUUCUUUGAAAAUGUGGUAAAACAGACCCAAAUGAAGCCAAAGAAGGUGAUUGGCUGGAUUUUAAACGAUCUGCUCAGUUACUUGAAACAGCAUUCCCUUACAGUAAAGGAAAGCCCAGUCAGUUCUUUUCUCCUGGCUGACCUCUUGAACCUGCUAGAAAAAAAAGAAAUUUCUUCUACAGCAGCAAAGCAGGUGCUUGCAGAAUUGUGGAAGGGAAAAGGGAAGACUCCCCUUGAAACUGUUAAAGAACAGAAACUUGAGCUGUUACAGGAUCAAAAAGAACUUGAACAGAUCUGCCAGGCAGUGAUUGAUGGACAAGAAAAUGAGGUUAUGGCGAUAAAGGCAGGAAAUCAAAAAGUUCUAAAUAAGUUAAUUGGUCUGGUACAAAAGAAAACACAAGGACGGUCCAAUCCUGUUCUGGUGAAGCAAUUAUUAGAGAAGAAACUAUCAGAGUAACCACAAGAGAAAAAGCACACAAGCAACUAAAGAAGCACGUGCUUCAUUUUGUCUGCAAAUGAACUUCGGUGUCUUCUUGUGCAGCACUGUACUUGUUGGUUAUACUUCAAGCAACUUGAUGUCCCAGUCCUUCCCUGGAUGCAUCAGCCAAAGGCAGGUGGGCCAGAAAAAAGCAGGAUACAGCCAUUUGCAUCUCCCGUGCUUUGAUGUGGCACUUGGAAACCUGAUUUCCGCACAGCUCUGGGAAACAAGGUCCCGGGGUGUCUGUGAGACAUGAAUGCAGAGAGCUGAAACUGCAUGCGUUAAUUUUCUAAUACAGUGGGUACAAACUCAGCUUUUCUGUCUGCCUGUUUGUGAGAAGGGAGAUUCACAGUCUCAAAUACUCAGUCUGGGCAUGCAUACUGUAACUCACUAUCAGUUUGAGCACAAUAGUAACAAUGAUUAAAAUACCCUGAAGUAA